CACGCAGCCCACAUGGGGAAGUGGAGUGACCGGUCUCAAGAAAAAAUACACCUAUGAUCGAUGAGUUGUUUGAAGAGUGUUAAAAACGUCGUUGGAAAAGUGACCAAGUGAGCCAUGGAUCUUGUCAACAUUCUCGAGAAGACUGUCUCGUCAGAUCAACAAGAACUUGAAGCAGCACAGAGAUUUCUUGAGCAAGCAUCGCAAACUAAUUUGCCUAAUCUGCUGCAAUCCCUGUCUGAUGUCCUCAAAAAUGGUGGAAAUAGCGCAGUGGUUCGAAUGCAGGCUGGUCUUCAGUUGAAGAAUGCAUUGUAUUCCAAAGAUCAGAAUAUUCGAGUCGAAUACCAACAAAGAUGGCUCCAGUUUCCAGAAGAAAGGAGGAAUUUAGUCAAACAAAAUGUACUUGCCUCUUUGGGUACGGAAAGCAUCCGUCCAAGUUCUGCAGCCCAGUGUGUGGCCUAUAUUGCCUGUGCUGAGCUGCCUUCAGGGCUGUGGCCAGACCUCAUCACAGUCCUUACAAGCAAUGUGACUAACCCAGGAAGUACUGAGAUCAUGAAGGAGUCAGCAUUAGAGGCCAUUGGCUAUAUCUGUCAAGAUAUUGACCCUGACAUUCUACAGACCCAAUCCAACAUCAUUCUAACAGCUAUUGUUCAUGGUAUGAAGAAGGAAGAACCAAGCAACUAUGUGAGAUUAGCAGCUACCAAUGCAUUGCUGAAUUCCUUGGAGUUUACUAAAGCCAAUUUUGAUAAAGAGUCAGAGAGGCACUUCAUCAUGCAGGUUGUCUGUGAAGCUACUCAGUCAACAGAUACAAGGGUGAAAGUUGCAGCAAUGCAGUGUCUGGUGAAAAUUAUGUCUCUCUACUAUAGCUAUAUGGAACACUACAUGGGACCUGCCUUAUUUGCUAUUACCAUGGAGGCUAUGAAGAGUGAAGUAGAUGAGAUUGCCCUUCAGGGGAUAGAGUUCUGGUCGACGGUCUGUGAUGAGGAGGUGGACUUAUCCAUUGAGUUGUCAGAGGCGGCGGAGCAGGGACGACCACCAGAAAGAACAAGCAAGUUUUAUGCCAAAGGUGCUCUUCAGUACCUUGCUCCAAUUCUGCUUCAGUCUCUUACCAAGCAGGUAAUGCAUGAGGAACUUGAUGACGAUGAUGAAUGGAACCCAUGUAAAGCUGCUGGUGUGUGUCUGAUGUUGAUGGCCAACUGUUGUGAAGAUGAUAUUGUUCCUCAUAUUCUACCGUUUGUAAAUGACCACAUUCGACACCCAGACUGGCGCUUUAGAGAUGCUGCUGUUAUGGCUUUCGGCUCCAUAUUGGAAGGACCUGACCCAGCCAAGCUAAAACCUGUUGUGGAACAAGCAAUGAGAAUGCUUAUUGAAUUGUUAAAAGACUCCAGUGUUGUUGUACGUGAUACUGCGGCAUGGACCGUAGGUCGUGUUUGUGAAAUGUUGCCUGAUGCAGUUAUCAACGAACAAUGCCUAAACCCAUUGUUAGUAGCUCUGGUGGAGGGGCUUACAGCAGAACCAAGAGUUUCUAGCAAUAUUUGUUGGGCAUUUUCUAGUCUAGCUGAGGCAGCGUACGACACUGCUGCAGAGGCAGCUGAUGAGGGAGCUGAACCCCAGACCUAUUGCCUAUCCACCUACUUUGAAACCAUUGUAGAAAAACUAAUAAUUACAACAGAUAGGGCUGAUGGAAACCAACACAAUUUAAGAAAUGCUGCAUAUGAAGCACUUAUGGAAAUGAUCAAAAAUAGUCCAAAGGAUUGCUAUGCAAUAGUACAGAAAACAACUUUAAUUAUUCUAGAAAAAUUGAACCGAGUCCUUCAGAUGGAGAAUAUGAUUCAGAUGUCUGCAGAUCGAGCUCAGUACAAUGACUUGCAGUCACUUCUGUGUGCUACUCUACAAAGUGUUCUAAGGAAAGUAACCCCUGAGGAUGCACCAAAGAUCUCGGACCAGGUGAUGACAGCCCUUCUCAGUAUGUUUUCAAGUUCCGCAGGCAAAACAGGUGGUGUUCAGGAAGAUGCUUUACUAGCUGUGUCCACACUCAUUGAGGUACUAGGAGAUUACUUUAUCAAUUAUAUGGAAGCUUUCAAACCAUUCCUGCUGAUGAGUUUGAAGAACUUUGAAGAAUAUACAGUGUGUUUAGCAUCAGUAGGACUGGUUGGAGAUCUGUGUCGGGCCCUAGGACCUAAAGUCUUGACUUACUGUGAUGAAAUUAUGACCAUGCUUUUGGAGAAUCUAGGGAAUUCAACUGUCCACCGAUCUGUGAAGCCCCAGAUUUUAUCAGCAUUUGGGGAUAUUGCUUUAGCUAUUGGUCCCAGUUUCAAGCCUUACCUGGAAUAUGUGCUAAACACUCUACAGCAAGCCUCACAAGCACACGUUGACAAGACUGACUAUGACAUGAUCGACUACCUAAACGAGUUACGUGAAGGAUGUCUAGAAGCCUACACUGGAAUAGUACAAGGUCUGAAAGGAGAUGGAGAAACACCAAGUUCUGACAUUGAUCUAAUCCAGGGUCAGGUUGGUCACAUAAUUUCCUUCAUCGAACACAUUGCUCUUGACGAAGAUCACAGUGAUGACAAUAUAGCAGCCAGCUGUGGGUUGAUAGGUGACCUCUGUACAGCAUUUGGUAUGAAGAUUCUUCAGUUGGUUGACAAGGAACCUAUUACAGCCCUUUUGACUAAAGGACGUCGCUCUAAAGCCACCAAAGCAAAGACGCUGGCAACCUGGGCUACGAAAGAGAUACGUAAACUGAAGAAUGCCGCUUCAUGAAGGUGACAUGGAAUAAUCCUCUACUCCUAUGUGACAUUCGGAUACCGUAAAUGUCCGUUUUGACAUCAGCUCGUCCAACGUGGCGAAUUGCAUUGAGUGAGAGAAGAGCGAGAGGAGAGAGAGAGAGUGUCCACUAAUCUGGCUCUGGCUGAGCGCCUUGUUAUCCGGGACUCCUGAGCCUCCCGAUCUCCAAUGGACAGCGGGCAGAGUUACAAACAAUUCCACAGUGCCCUCACCAGGGCUCACACUUACUGAGGAAACUCUGGGGAACACACAGAUCAAAUUCCAGGGAACACACCUAGCGAGCAAACUCCACACAAAGAGGGAACUCCAGGGAAAAUGUUAAUUGAGGAAACUCUAGUGAACUUUGAGGACUUGCAGAAACCCUGAAAACGCAGUCUUUCAUUACAAACUACAAGUGGGUUUCCUAACAAUGUGAUAAAGACCGGUAUUGUGACAGUGUAACGUCACAUUGUCGCAGUUGAUCAUGAAUUUACUACAUUUUGAACUAUAGUUACUUGUAUGUAUUUCCUAUUAAGUUAUGAACAGUUUUCCAUAAUAUAUUUUGCCGAAUGUUGUAUUAACAUGUGAUAUUUUUGCAAGCUCUAAUGUUGGAGUUUUUCCUCUGAAAGAUGUGGUGACACAUUAUUUCUCACAUUGUGAUAUUUCUUUGUGUUUUGGAAGUCCUGAUUUUGCAUGCAAUUACAGAGAUUAAGUUUAAAAUGUAGUUUUUUCAUGGUCAACAGUGUCUAUAUACACAAAGACAUCCACAGGAGAGAGUGUAUCCGUGCCAAGAUUUACUGAGUGCAGUACAGUCCUUACAAACCUACUAAAUAAAAUAUCUAUCACUUUUAUCCUCUUCCUGACAUUUCCGUAUGACGUGAAAUAUUUCCUUUUUCGUAUAUUGUUUUUUUGGUUCCUUGUGUUUACAACUGAUUAUUUUGGCUGAAUGCAAUUCAAUUAGUGAUUUUAUUUUAUAAAUGCACUUUUUUUGUAGAUCUUUACAGUCAACUUUAUGUGUCAGUUAUCAGUUUUCAUAAUCAUGACCAAAAAAUUCACGAUAUCAACUUAAUGACAAAAGGUUUGGAUUUAUUCUUAAGUGGUGCUACUGAUAACUCCCUUUUUAAACACAAAUGUCUGUGUUGAAAUGGGUCAGAAAGAAAUGAAACUUCGUCUCAUUCACAGAAUUUAUUAGAUUGUCAUAUUUGAGUGAAAGAGCCCACUUUCAAAACAGAAUUUAAAACUCUAAUAAAUUGUUUCUAGUGAUACGUUACAUUCACAUCAUACUUGCAUACAUAAAGCCAAAAUAUGAUUGUGUCAAUUCCGUUUCCUUUUUUCUUUUUUUAUUUGUUUUUGCCCCUAAACCUUGAGGACUGGCGCUGUAUCUUACAGAUUCCAUUACUAUAGUGUACAAGAGGCUCUAUAUAUUUCUACAUUAGUGCUUACGACGAGAAGUGCUAACAUUUCUGGGUGUUACAUUAUUUUUUUGCCUAUUUCAUUUUGGUCAUUUUGCAAAGCAGAAUGACACCUAAAUUUUAUCAUUGUCAAAAAAAUCCAAUUUAAAGCUCAGAAAUAUACAAGCUUUAGUAAAUAA